AUGGGCGAAGAAGCUCGAGUUGCCAAUAUCAUCAUUGACAGCCUCUACAAUGCAGGCGUGAGAGUUGUCUUUGGCGUCCCGGGAGCGAAAAUCGAUGCCAUCUUCAACACACUUCUAGAUCAUCCCGAGAUCAAACUGAUAGUUGCUCGACAUGAACAGAACGCAGCCUUCAUGGCAGGCGCCAUGGGGAGGAUUACCGGCGUUCCCGGAGUGUGCAUUGCGACAUCUGGGCCUGGAGCUUCGAACCUGGCGACCGGUCUUGUCACGGCAAAUACUGAAGGCGACCCGAUCGUAGCACUCAUCGGCUCGGUGCCUCGUCUGAUGAACACAAAACGCACCCAUCAGUCCAUGAGAGCCUUAGACAUCCUCAGUCCGACUGCCAAAACCGCAGUGGGCAUUGAUGUCGAAGAUCAAGUUGCAGAGAUUGUACUCAAUGCAUUCCGAUCUGCGUCCGCAAGUCCAAAGGGCGUCUCUGUGAUCAACAUUCCCAUGGACGUGGCUUCCGGGAGUUCUAAGAUCUCGGCGUUCCCCAGCUCAGCCUUCUCAGCACCAAGUUACGGGUCGGCGACGACGAAACAGCUCGAUUCCGUGGCUAGCAUGGUAAGUUCGGCGAAACUGCCCGUCCUAUUUCUGGGGAUGCGAGCCAGUUCGCCACGGGUUGUGGAGGUAGUACGUCAACUCUUAUCCAAGACUGGCAUUCCCACAGUCGAGACUUUCCAGGCCGCCGGUGCUGUUUCGAAAGACUUGGUCUCUAAUUUCUACGGUCGAGUUGGGCUAUUCCGCAACCAAGUUGGCGAUAAACUCCUCGCCCAGUCCGACUUGAUCUUGUGUGUUGGCUAUGAUCCGGUCGAGUACGAUGCCAAUCUCUGGAAUCCUAAAGGGGAUCGGAACAUUGUACAUAUUGAUUACACCCCUGCAGACUAUGGCGUCCACUAUCAUCCGGAUACUGAACUUCUGGGUUCGAUUGUCGAGAACGUGCGGUCCCUGGGUGAGAAGAUCAAAGGAGUCAAUGAUGCUUCAAUUCAGGAGUUGACCACUGGACUCUCCCAAGAGCAUACUUCCUGGCACGAUAGACCUGAGGUCAAGCGCAGCUCAGGUCUUGUCCACCCACUUCAGUUUGUUGCGACACUACAAGAUCUCGUUUCCAAAGAUACGACCGUGACGGUAGAUGUGGGGACAGUUUACAUCUACAUGAUGCGGUACUUCUUCUCCUAUGAGCCUCGUCGGCUUUUGUGCUCUAAUGGUCAACAAACUCUGGGAGUUGGCCUACCGUGGGCAAUCGCAGCAUCGUUAGCUCAGAACCCACCAUGCUCAGAGAAAGUCGUCUCUUUAUCCGGCGACGGAGGCUUUAUGUUCAGCAGUCAAGAGAUGAGCACGGCGGUGCAACAAGGCUGCAAUAUCACUCACUUUAUCUGGAAUGACGGCCAUUUCAACAUGGUCGAGUUCCAGGAGGUCAUGAAAUACGGAAGGUCGAGUGGUGUGAAACUAGGAGGUGUUGACUUUGUGAAGUUUGCCGAGAGUUUUGGAGCAAAAGGCUUUAGAGUCACUGAUAGCUCGUCCUUGGAGAGUGUGAUGAAGGAGGCUCUGGCUUUUGAAGGGGUCAGCCUCGUGGAUGUCGAGAUCGAUUAUGAAGGCAAUAUUGAGUUGGCGCAGCAGCUGAUCAAAGAUGAAAUUAAUUGA